AUGAUCGGACGAGGCAAAUAUUGGUCGGAUCUUCGAGGAUUUGCCGGUCGGGACACGAAUCAGGCCACGACGUCGUCUUCUCACUUCGGAUUCGCCGUCGCCACGCUUCGCCGCACGCUUUCCGGACACAACGUCUUCUUCGAGAGGUCGUCUUACUGUUUGCCUUUUCCAGUUGCGGCGUCUUUUUUUCGUUCAGCGCUAGGGCAAAAGAGAUAUACGCAGGGACUUUGGGAUUAUUUUUAUUGGUUUUGCAAAAAAUUGGUCACUUUGAUUAUCGCCAGAAGUGAUUGAGUUCUAUUAUGAAAAAAAAAAAUUCAUUUUUCAAUCUUUGGAAAUAUUUUUCGAUUUUCUUCUCAAUUCACAACAUGAAGACACAGUAGACCCUUCUCCAAGAAGUUUUUUCAAAAAUACCAAAAUUUGCCCCAAUGAUUUUCAGGAAAUCUUCAAUUCAUUUUCUGAACCGUUUCAGUCAGAAGUCGAUCAGAAACUCGCUCGUUAGGAAUCAAAAACUCUCUUUUCUUUAAAUCGACCUUUUUCCGGAUAUUUUUAAAAGGUUAUUUUGCUUAUAACACCAUUUAAUAUACGAAAAUAAAACUUUCUCACAUAAAUAGAAAAAAAUUAACGAAUUUAGAGCUUUUUUUCCGUACCAAUAAUUGGGGGCCCUUCCUAGAAACAAGUCACUUUUUUUGUUUUUUUACAGUUUUCAAAGUUCCCUGAUAUGAAUAUGAGUAACAAAAAUAUCAAUUCACUCAAAAAUCCGGAAAUUCAACUGAAUUUGAUCAUUUUUGAGACCACUAUUGGGACGGAGUUUUUUUUGAAAAAUUAAAAAAAUCCUUAUUUUUUUGUCUUCUUCGUAGUUUAUCAAGCACAUUCUUGUUCAGAAAUUUUAGCUGAACUCAAAAAUAUAAUUUUCAUGGAGAAAUUCGCAAAUCGAAAAAAAUUAUGUCACUUUUAAGACCCAAAAUGCUAUUUUCGGGACAUGGAAAUUUUUCAUUUUUCGAGUUUUUCGAAAUUUCAAAGCUUGAUCCUACUCAUAAUUUGCUCUUUAACACAAAAAUUUAGUUUUCAGAUCUUAUUUCGAGAAAAUAACACCAAUAAAUCGCUUUUUUUUAAAUUUUAAGGGUUUUAUUUUGCGUUGUUUCCGAGUCUUGCUACAGUUUAGAAAAAAGCGAAAAUGACGAUUUUGUCCGUGGAGCAACUUUACUGCAAAACGCGCUUUUGGCAUUGAUCAUGUAUACAGUAGAGCUUCAGAGAGAAGAGGAAAAAAUAGAGCUGUUGAAAUAUUUCUGUUGAAGCUAGCAAGAGAUUCCAUAAAAACUUAUUCAUACUUUUCAGAAAUUCUCCGACAGAAUGCGACCUGACUUCUCUUGUCAGACACUCCCCUUCGAAAUGCCCAUCUCGACAGAGCAACUGUGCGACGGGGGGCGCCAAUGUCGACGAGACGCUGGCGCCGAAAUGA